CCAGCCUUGCUGUGAACUUCCCACCAUGCUGCUCCGGCUCAUUCUGCUAUUCUACACGCUCCAAGUUGGAGAUGCAGGACUGUUCCAAUACCCGCCCUUAGUCAGAGCCGAGGUCGGGAGCAGCGUAAACCUGACCUGCGAUAUCGGGGAAUUCUCGAGUGCAAAGUGUUUCACUGUCAUCUGGUUCAAACUGCGGUCCAAGGGCAUCCCGACCCUGGAAACUUAUCAAAAUAUCAGACCCGUUGGCAGCUUUGUAGGCAACGAAAUCGAGAAAACCUGUUCCCUGAACCUAAACAACGCGCAGGUGAACGAUUCCGGGACUUACUAUUGUGCUUUGAUUAGGGGCCAAGGCAUGUACAUGGGCAAUGGAUCCACAUUAGUAGUACGAGAACGCUCCGAUGACCGCGCUUAUAUUGAAAUCCUCACCCCUUCAGAGUCAGACGGCGAAGUCCAGUCCAGCGGCGCCGCUACUUUAGUGUGUCUAGUGUUCGGGGUAUCCGAGCAGGAUCGUGUCUACUGGGUCAUCGAACACGGACUGACCGACUCCUGGUCCAGAGAUUCCAGCCAGUCCACUCCAGACUUUAUCAGGAAUCAGAUCACCAUUCCGGGCGAGGUCUGGAGCAGCGGGGCCGUGUGCACGUGUGUAGUGGAAACAGAGAGCGGGCGCAAUAUGAGCAAAAGCGUGAGCAAGACCGGGAGCGGUGCGUGUCCACUCUUCCUCUAUGGGUCGCUGGCGGCAGCUUCAUUUCUUCUGAUUACUUUGUUAAUUACACUGGUAAUAUGCUAUCGAAGACAGAAUAAACCAGAUGCGUAUUUGGCAAAUGAACCAUCGAUGUAUUCCGAGAUUCGCGUUACAGGGAGGGCGCCAGACAAACACAUAGCAGGGCAACGUGAAAACACCGGUUCUGGAGGAAGGCACGCCAGACCAAAGAUAAGAGCAGAGCAGGUCCGUGAUGACGUGCAGUACGCCAGUCUGCAGUUCGAGGCGCGCGGGCGACAGAAAUGAAGACCGGGACUGGACAGAUUAUUAGAAACAUCUGUGCCAUGUAGCACACACUUCUGUGUAACUGCACUGUCCCUCGUAGCACUGAAUACUUUGAUAUGCAAAAAGCAGCACCGCUUUGCAUUAUAGAUGAAUGUAUUCAUUACAUAUGUUUAAUAAUAUCAAAAUAAUUAAAAGUACCCAAUGUAAUCCCCCUUUGAAAUAAGUGAAAUACCCAAUACAAUAAGCAUCAUAUCCUCAUAAAUUUCCUUCUUAAAAACAUUUUACAAAUAUUUACAAUUAUUUAUUUUAUAAAAGCCGUAGAUUUGCUGUAUAGCACAAUUCUUAAAACUCUCAAAAUGACUUUUUAUGAUUGUAGUUCAUUAAACGCUUUUGAAAAGAAUUUGUAUUUAUAGG